AUGGCAUACAACCGAGGAUAUUCGGGCAACCCAGACGCCCUUCCAGCCCGUGAGGCAUUAUGGCCGCUGUUCAUGGCCGUAGACAAGGAGCGCAAUGGCCAGCUGAGCGAGUCCUCAUUGCGCAGCGCUCUGGUAAACGGCGACUACACGGCAUUCGACGCACACACUGUGCGCAUGAUGAUCCGCAUGUUCGACACGGACCGUAGCGGUACCAUCAACUUUGACGAGUUCUGCGGCCUAUGGGGUUUCCUGGCCGCCUGGCGCAACCUCUUCGACCGCUUCGACGUCGAUCGCUCGGGUAAUAUCAGCUUCCAAGAGUUCGCGGAUGCUCUCGUCGCCUUUGGCUAUCGUCUGAGUCCUCAAUUUAUUCAGUUGCUGUUCAACACGUUUGCGAGAACGACACGCGGGAGAGGCGAUGAAUCGUAUGGAGGUGGACGCGAGAAGACGCUCAGCUUUGAUUUGUUCGUCCAGGCGUGUAUCAGCUUGAAGCGUAUGACGGAUGUCUUCAAGAAGUAUGACGAUGACCGUGACGGAUACAUUACUCUAUCUUUCGAAGAAUUCCUCACAGGUGCGCAAAGCCUUUUCCUCUUCAACUCCAUUUCCCCCGUUACCGAUAAUGGCCUAUACUGA